AUGGCGGUCAGGUGAAUUCAGAUUCUAAUUAUAGCAGUGUUCGUAAUCUUGGGAAUACAGUGUCGCUGACUUCUGCAACAAAGAUCAGUGGUGCUUUUAUAAGAGACGGAGAGAAAAUGGAGGUAGAGGGAGCUGCUAAAGUGAAAUCCUAUCACGAUGAGGCUUUUCGUUACAUCAACGAGGGGCUCAAAUUUGAUGAACAAGGAAACAAGCAGAAAGCUCUUCAGUAUUAUCAUAAAGGACUGCGGAGUCUUACUGUGGGUUUAAGUGUCCAUUGUAGUAGUUCAGAACCAGGAAGAGAAAGGACAAAAGAACUAAAGAAGAAGAUGAAGUCGGCCAAAGACCAAGUAAAAGAGAGAAUAGAUGCACUAUCUGCCAGCAUUAAUGCACCAUCGGCCCCCAGUGAAGAUGUGGUGGAUACUGUAAAUCAAAAUGGACAUCUUACAACUGAAGACCAACUUGAGAUAUUAUCACAUGAUGAUGGAAAUCCAUGGGAAGAUGUCAAGGAAUUAUUGGUUCUGGAAGACAGUGUUAAAAUGUUUUUCGUCAGUGAACAAGGAGGUGUCACAACACUCUCUCAACCUCAAACUCUACGUGCCUUUCAGUUUGUCAAUCAUAAACCAGAAUCAAAGGAUGCUCCCGCAUUCCUUCAUUGCGGAGCCUGGAUGUUUCCCAUGAUUCCUGGUAGAUCUCCUGUUCUGAACACGGAACCUCACACGUAUAUGUUUCCCGACAUCAAUAUCGACCCUUCUUCUCCCCAAUCCUCGCAGCCUCGUCCCCAGCGGGCAUUUGCGUCAGUGGGUUUGAUUCUGAACCCUAAUAUUUCCUCUAUGGAACUAAAGAGGUUUGAGAGGAUUUUGAAGUGUUACGCAGAUUUCCAUCACUACACUCCGCCAAAGUAUUCUGAAGAGGGAAGCCAGGUCGAGCAACAAAGAACGGAUGAAGGUGCCUCUUCAGUGCCGGCUGCCGAGGCAGAAGCUAUGGAUGAGGAUGUUGCUGUGGCAGUAAGACCGAGCACUGAGGUUGUACCAGCUGAUUCACAGGACAAGUCAUGGGGAAGGAAGGUUUCUAAGGGAAUCGAGAUUGGCACAGAGCUAGUAGCUUGGGGAUUGACAAAAGGGGCUGAAGUCGGAAGUCAUCUGAUGCACAAGGGUUCUGCCAAACUCAGAGAAAAUCUCAAACCAAACGAGAAGCCAGUGGAAGUUGAUGAAAGUGUGCAGGAGAACAUUCGUCAGGUGAAGACUGUUGCAGGCAUGGCCUGUCAGGUGAGCGGUGCAGUGGUCUCCGCAGUGUCAGCCAUGACGCUCGAGCUCGGACGACGACUUGCGCCAGUUAUUGUGGAUAAAGGAGGAAAGGCUUUACCAGACUCUUUGAAAAAGAAGGAUAAUGUUGAUGGUGCAUCGACAAUGGACGAAAUCGUUAAAGUUGCAGUAAGCGGCGCUAGAGGUGCUGCAACGGUGUACCAAGGUCUUGAGACUUCAUGGAAAAUUUUGUACACAAAUCUGCAGCAUGCUACUGUCAAGACAGUAGAUUACAAAUAUGGUCGAGCAGUUGGUGAAGCUACAAAUAAUGCUAUGGGCGCUGCAGGGUUUGCUUUACAGACUUGCUGGAAUGUGGAAAAUUUGGGAAUCAAGGCUAUUGCCAAGAGAACUGCCAAAGAUACCGGGAAAGAGAUGGUUAAAGAAGCUGAGAAGAAAUACCUCACAGAUGGAAAGAAACAGGAAUAGAACACAGUGAAAAAAAAAAUAGAUAUUAUCAUUAAAUUACAAUUGUCUUUGAACUAGCAUUUUGUCAAAAAAAACGAAUAUCCGUCAAAUUGAAAAAAGAAAUUAUACCGAAGAGCAAUAUACACUGAUGAAGGGAAUGAAAAAAAUCCAGUUUGAAUUUCCAAUCCUUAAACCUGAGAUAGGCUGGUUUUCAUUAUAGAUAUUGUGUACGUAUUUUUGCACCAGAUAAAGACUGGCAAAGAAAAUAGGAAAUCUUUUGUAUAUAGCAAAAUAAUUAUAACCCUAACAUCCGCCAAUUUUGUAACAUUUUGUUUAAUUUGAAUAAACGCGGACUUCU